AUGUCUGUCAAAAUUAUAUAUUCUCUCACUGGACUUAUACUCGAGUUACUCUCAAAAUCUUUGGCUCAAAUUAACCUUUACAUUAUGUUCAUAUUUGUAGGUCAUGUUAACUUUUCUGAUGAAGUAACAGCUGCUAUGCGUUUAUGUGAUGGUGUAGUUCUGUUUAUCGAUGCAGCCGAGGGAGUCAUGUUAAAUACUGAACGGCUAUUAAAACACGCUGUACAGGAGCAAAUGCAAAUCACAAUUUGCAUUAAUAAAAUUGAUCGGCUGAUGUUAGAACUAAAAUUACCUCCACAAGAUGCUUACUAUAAGCUGAGACAUAUUGUAGAGGAAAUAAAUGGACUACUAACUUUAUAUUCAGAUGACGCUAACCCACAGAUUGUUUCUCCUGUUCUUGGAAAUGUAUGUUUUGCAAGUGCCCAAUAUGGCGUAUGUUUCACACUAAAGUCUUUUGCAAAUAUAUACAACUUGUAUUAUGGAGAGGUCAAUGUGGAAGAGUUUUCAAAGCGAUUAUGGGGUGACAUUUAUUUUAAUCCUAAAAAUCGUAAAUUUACAAAAAAAGCUCCCCAUAAUUCAGCCCAGAGAAGUUUUGUUGAGUUUAUACUUGAACCACUUUAUAAAGUAUUUGCUCAAGUGGUAGGCGAUGUAGACACAACCCUGCCUAAAGUUCUGGAUGAGCUAGGAAUUAAAUUAAACAAAAAUGAAAUGAAAUUAAAUAUUAGACCAUUACUGCGAUUAGUGUGUAAUAAAUUUUUGGGUGAUUUUAACGGUUUUGUUAAUAUGUGUGUUGAACAUAUAAAAUCGCCAUUAGACAAUGCUAAAACAAAAGUUGACCAUAUUUAUACAGGUCCUGGUGAAACUAAAGUUUAUGAGGAUAUGGUCAAUUGCGACCAAGAAGGUCUUCUAAUGGUUCAUAGCUCUAAAAUGUAUCCCACCGAAGACUGUACAUUCUUUCAAGUAUUAGGCAGAGUUAUGAGCGGUACUCUUCAUGCUGGAACCGAUGUACAGAUACUUGGUGAAAAUUACACAUUACAAGAUGAAGAGGAUUCCAGAAUACUUACCGUCGGUCGUUUAUGGAUAUACGAGUCAAGAUAUAAAAUUGAACUAAACAGAGUUCCAGCUGGAAAUUGGGUAUUAAUAGAAGGUAUAGAUCAAUCCAUAGUAAAGACAUCAACAAUUACAGAUCUAACAAUACGCAGUGAUCUUUACAUUUUCAGACCUUUGAAAUUUAACACGCAGAGUAUUAUUAAAAUUGCUGUGGAACCAGUAAAUCCAUCUGAAUUACCAAAAAUGUUAGAUGGCUUAAGGAAAGUUAAUAAGUCUUACCCCUUGCUUACCACAAGAGUAGAAGAAAGUGGCGAACACGUUGUCUUAGGUACAGGAGAACUGUAUCUAGAUUGUGUAAUGCAUGAUUUAAGAAAAAUGUAUUCAGAAAUUGAUAUCAAAGUGGCUGAUCCUGUAGUAGUAUUUUGUGAAACUGUUGUUGAAACGUCAAGUUUAAAAUGUUUUGCCGAAACACCAAAUAAAAAGAACAAACUCACUAUGAUUGCUGAGCCUUUGGAAAAGGGAUUAGCUGAGGAUAUCGAAAACGAAAAUGUACAAAUAGGCUGGAACAAGAAAAAAUUAGGAGAAUUUUUCCAAACUAAAUAUGAUUGGGACUUGUUAGCUGCUAGGAGUAUAUGGGCUUUUGGUCCUGACAAUACAGGUCCUAACAUUCUGGUAGAUGACACUCUACCUUCAGAAGUCGAUAAAGGAUUGUUGAGUUCUGUAAAAGAUUCAAUUGUACAAGGUUUUCAGUGGGGUACCAGGGAGGGACCUUUGUGCGAAGAACCGAUUAGAAAUACAAAAUUUAAAAUCUUAGAUGCCGUCAUAGCGCAAGAACCUUUACAUCGGGGCGGUGGACAAAUCAUUCCUACUGCGAGAAGAGUUGUUUAUUCUGCAUUUCUGAUGGCGACACCCAGAUUAAUGGAACCUUAUUUGUUUGUAGAGGUGCAAGCACCAGCUGAUUGUGUAUCAGCCGUGUAUACGGUAUUAGCAAAAAGACGUGGCCAUGUUACCCAGGAUGCCCCAGUACCAGGAUCGCCAUUAUACACUAUUAAGGCUUUCAUUCCCGCCAUUGACAGUUUUGGAUUUGAAACUGACUUAAGAACACAUACACAAGGCCAGGCGUUUUGUUUAUCAGUGUUUCAUCACUGGCAGAUUGUUCCUGGAGAUCCACUGGAUAAAUCUAUAGUUAUUCGACCUUUGGAACCGCAACCAGCAACACAUCUGGCGAGAGAAUUCAUGAUUAAAACGAGACGAAGAAAAGGUCUAAGUCAAGACGUGUCUAUCAACAAAUUCUUUGACGAUCCUAUGUUGCUGGAACUGGCAAGACAAGAUGUCAUGCUUAAUUAUCCUUUACUCUAAAAGUUCAAAUAUUAUUUUGUAAUGUUUUAAUUAGUAAGUAUAAUUAAAUCAUUUUUUUAAAUUCAAAUUCAAUUUGUAUUAAGUUGAUUUGAAUUUGCAUACUAUUUUUGACAUAUUUAGAAGUCAUAUCCCCUCUCGGAGAACAAAGAGGCAACUGCUUACGACACAAUUUUACAGAAGGGACAAAAAAUUAAAUUUUAACCUAAAAUAAAGUGUAACAAUUAAGGUACAUUGUAGAAAGUAUAGGUGGGAGGUUAAUCACCGCGACCACACACAGAUCUACUGUGUGUGAAGUUAGCAUUGUGUAUUUUAUGAAUAAAUAUCUGAGAGGGUAGGCACAUUUCCCCUUCUCUUUUUUUCCGAACGU